AUGCUCUCGACUCUCAUCUACCUCACUGCGCUCGCGACGGCGGCCAUGGCGCAAGAGCGCUGGCGCCACUUGCAGUGGAACCCAGAUCCGCUGGCACCGUACACCAACUCGCGUGAAUUCUGGUUCCCCUCCUACGAGGUCGGCAAGGUCCCAGUCACCCAUGAGAACGGUGACAGGAUCACCCUCAGCGCUCCCGGAGUAGCCCUAUACAUGGGCUCGGCCCUCCGCUUCACCCCCGGCAAGAGCGGGCAUCUGCUGACGGCUACGGGAAAGCCUGGCGAGAAGUGGUGCAUCGAUGCCGGUCUCGACCCGCACAAUGGUGCAAUCGUCAAGCUCUGGCAGUGCAUCGACAACCACCCGCCCCAGGAGUGGAUCGUGGCGAAUGGCCAGGUCAAGCUUGCCGGCACCAACUUUUGCCUCGACGUCCCCGGAGGAGACGCCCGGGGGCGCCCCGAUCUACAGAUCUGGGAGUGCUCGUGCAAUAAGAACCAGGCUUGGAGAGUCCGCUGCACGCUGCAGCCUGACAUCGUGCCGGACUGCGCUGACUGA